AGAUGUUCAAUAAUUGUGUGAUUGUGGUCACUACAGCUGUUCUUACUAUAAUAUCUGCAAUACAGAUCUACUACUCUGUGGUAUCCUAUCUGAGUUAUGUCACCAGCACAUCACAGUACUCAGUGCCCUUAAAGUUGGAAGACUUGUCUGGGAUCAGUAUUGUUCUUUGUGGAAAAUAUCAACUUGGUCUUAAUAAUAGAGAAGCUAUGCGUGCCGGAUAUUCCCAAAAUGCUAAAGAAGGAUAUGUCCAAGGAAUUUAUUCAGGAAUUCCAACAAGGCGCCCACCAAAUUCACGUCAAUCCAGUCCUGAGGUUGUAACACCUUCUGUUGGUACUGGUAUAUUGACUCCUGUUCCAGGUGAUUCUGUGACUGCUGCACUUUCUGCUGAUCCUUUAACUAUAUCUAACCCUAAUUCAGCCAGUGUUCAAUCCACUAAUCCAGAAAUGAAUCCUAUGAUAACCCAAUGCCCACUUCAACCUCUUCAUCAAAGCAGCUCUUCUGUUCGUAUGAUUGGGUGGGGUGGUUCUAACAAUUUGUCAUUUGAAAGUCUCAGCAAAAAGUUGUAUAAUGACAGUGUUUCAUAUAUAAAUCCCUUCAUAAUGAAAAAUAAUGGGACGUGGGUUGAAUUAAACACAACAAAAGAGUUUUUUGUUCCCCAUGGGUUCUGCUACAAAGUUGAGGACAUUUCUACAAAAGAUCUGACAUUAUCUGAGGCUCUAAUGAUCUAUUACAAGGCAGAGAUGAUUCAGCUAUUCAUAGUUGAUUCUUCUCGAAGCACAGACUACUUGUUGUCUGAAGUAUCAUUUUCUAUUGAUUCUCCAACUGAUGCUCAAACAAUACCUAAAAUUGAUUUAUAUGAAAUCAGUAUUCAGAAGAAUAUCCAGGAUGAAAACAAUCCAAAGACACAAUGCACCAAUUAUGGGACUAAAUCUACAAAAUACUCCAGCUUUCAGGAGUGCAUGGAGGAAGAACAGAACAUUCAGUAUUCUAAGCUAAUAGGCUGCAUGCCACCCUACAUGACAAAAAAUGAAACUCGUAAAUGCCGACAGCCUCUUAAUUCAAGCUUAGUACUGCCUUAUAUCAACUACUACCAAGAUAAUAUAAGACCACCCUUGAUAUAUCACCAGGAGUAUUUUAUCCCGGCUUGUUACCCACCUUGCAAAACUCUUAAAAUUCAUGCUAAGAAGCUGAUGGAAGAGGAAGCUCCCAUCUCUGGUUUCAACCUGUAUUUCAGCUCAACAGUACAAGUUACCGAGACUCAGCGAAGCUUUACUGAAAUAACCCUCCUUGUGGAAGUGGGAUCUGCAUUUGGAUUUUAUCUUGGAUGGUCAUGUAUUUCCAUCAUCCCUCUGCUUAAAGACUUCUUUGAGUUGUUUACGCCAAAGAAAAAGAUGAAGCAAACUGUUAAGCAGGGAUAAUGAUUAUAUGCUAAUAUUUUAAAUUGACCAUCUUUUUUUGUUAUGCAUUUAUUUGUUCAACGCAAAAUAAGAUAUCAAAAAUUUCUUAAACAUACUAAUCUUAAUCUUAAUCUUAAGCGAUGCCUCUACGAUGUAGUUCAUGACAAAAUGACAAUCAAACACCAUCCCCUGUAGAUUAAGACAAGGUGUUCAAUUUUAAAACCCUGAUAUUUUUUUAAUUACGAUGUUCAUAAUUAAAAUAACUAAUUAUUUAAUUUAACAAUAAAUGCAUGUUUUUUUUAAAAUCUGAAGAAUUAAAAUCUUCUAAUUAAGAUGUAUACAACAAUCAAGCUGUGUUACAGUGCAGGAAGCAGUUUGUUGCAGCUAUGUUUCAGAACACAUCUCUAUUGAAAUUGUAAUAUUUAAAAGACUUUUGGUCAUGGUGACAAUGUUUCAAAAUUUCUAGAUUUGAAACAUCUAGAUUUAUAAAAAAAGUAAUCUCUGCUUCUUUGCAUAUCCAUCAGAUGAUGAACUCCUUACUCAAUCUACCACAAAUGUUGAUAUGAGUUACUUGUUAUUACAACAGGAAUGUUUGUAGCUUGCAAUUAUUUCGAUUCCAAGGCAAAGCUGGGUUUCCCAGCUAUUUUUCAAAUUUAUGUCAAGACUAGACUCAAUGUGAAAGCUUUAGCUUUAUAUUAAUGCAACACAUAAAACCAAAUAUGUAUCUAUACUUGUAUUUUUAAAUAUAGAUAUUUUCACCAUAUUAACCUAAACGCGUUUAGUUAUUUCA